AUGUCGAUGCAACGCAAUACGGUAUGCGCAGGCGUGUGCUUUCUUUGUUUUCGUGUUUGUGUGUUUGUCCCUCAUCGUGUUACACACACUCUCUCUUUAUAUAUUUCGCCAUUUUUUUUUUCGCUUGACCAACUCCGGACGAAAGAAAGAAAAAUCUUGUUCCCGCUUCUUCUACUUCUCCUUUUGAUCUCUUGCUUAUUUUUGUUUGUUCGUUCCUUCUUCCCUCAUCUUCGUUGUCAUGGUGUUGGUUUACGUCGGCAUUUCAACAUUCAGGUUUUCGUUUCCCUUUUUUCAGCUUUUUUUUUUCACAAUGAUUAUUUUCCCCACAUCCCUUUUUCUUUUGUUUUUCUUUUUCCUUUUUUUUUGUUUUGUGCUUCACUCGAAACGCGCCGUAGUUGUUGA